CCGAGGACCUUGCGCGGCCCCGGCGCUCCGGCGGCGGGAGCGGCGCUGAGCGGCCCCGGGGCCGAGGUGUUCGUCACCCGGCGGGGCUGUCGCGAUAGAGAGAGCGGCCCCGCGGCCGAGGUGUUCGUCACCCGGCGGGGCUGUCGCGAUAGAGAGAGCGGCCCCGCGGCCGAGGUGUUCGUCACCCGGCGGGGCUGUCGCGAUAGAGAGAGCGGCCCCGGGGCCGGGGGUGUGUCAGGGCCUGGAGGGUUCCGACAGGGAAGAGGCUCCCGGUUGCCACCCACGUGCGCGGCCUUUGGGCUGUCACAGUGGGGGUCACAAGGCAGCACUGUCGCGAUAGGUCGGGGCUGUCGGGCCAGUCCGGCAGCGCUGUUGUGACAGAAGUGUGUCCUCGAAGCCGUCGCCGGCAGGGCUGUCUCACAGGAGGGGUCCCUGUGCCCCAGGCCGGCCCUGUCCGCACGUCCCGCAGGCGGCAGUGGUGCCUGCCCGCGCCCCGGGAUGGAGCCGGGGAUGGAGCCCGGGAUGGAUCCGGCCGGAGCGCUCCCGGCGCUGCAGCGGGAGCUGCGGGCGGCGCUGGCGGAGGACGAGCGGCGGCAGCGGGAGGGCGAGGCCAAGCUGCGGGCGCUGCGCCAGGGCGUCCCCGACUACGGCCAGUUCAGGGAGAUUGUGCUGGCUUCUCACCUGAAGCCUCUGGAGAAGAAGGACAGGCUGGGAAAGAGGAGGAAUGUGCUGUGGAAUCCUUGUGCAGGCCCAGCCCAGGCAGCACCCGCCCACGCUGUGGAGAUCCCACAGGAGCUGGAUCAGCUGCCUGGGACCGCUGCGGAAUUUCACCGAGACUGGCGCAGAUGCCUGAAAAGUGGGACAGAGAAAUACCAGUUUUUGCUGGAGCUCGGAGGGGAGGCCUUGGGCAGGAUCUUCCAGGCUGAUGUGGGCUUUGGCCUCCUGGGGGAAUUCCUGGCGGUGCUGGCAGAGAACAUCCAUCCUGGAGACAGAGCUGCUGUCCUUCAGAUCCUGCAGAGCCUGGCGGGCACCAAGCGCUUCGGGCUGAACGUGGCUCUCCUGAGCCAGGCGGAGAAGGAGAGCAGCCAGGAUUUGUUCAGGAAGCUGCAGAGCAGGGAUUGUCAGGCUGCUGGCCAGCCUGGCUGCCUGGCCAGCUGUGAGGCAGGGAGGGAAGCCCAUCCCAUGGAGACCCACUUGGAAAAGGAAACUGAGGAGGAGAGGACAGUGGUGGAGCUGAUGAAGUGUUACCAGGUCAGCUGAGGGAGCAGGAGCACCAGGAUUGAGCAGGAACAGGGUAAAAAAGGCUCAGAAAAAACUCAAAGGUUGACUUUGGCACCAGCCGGGGCACAAGUUCUGCACAAUAAAGUUUAGCUCCCAGGCUGUGGUGCUGUGAUCUCUGAGCAGGGUGUCCUCACAGAUGGGUAUGGCAGAGUCUCUUGGAUAAGGAGAAAACCAAGGGAAAGAAAACGGGGCGGUAGUUUUGAAGGAGAAAUCCAAACCCAGGUAGUCCCUUUCCUCUUCCACCCCUGUCCACAUUUACUGAGGGGUUUUAGGAGAUGUAAUCGAUGACAAUGACAAUUUCAGGUCCAUUUUUUCCCCUAACCCAGUGCAGCAAAUGGCAGAGUCACCCCAGCAGACUGGAACCACCUACUCCUGCCUGCCCUGCAGAAACCACCAGGCACCUGAUGGCAGGGUCCAGGUUCAUCCCUGAGGCCUGGCAUGGGAAUAUUGGGUUUUAUGGCACCACUUGAGGGGACAUGUGUGUCCCUGCACUCUGCUGCGGUGCCAUUCCUCCUGCUUUUGCACACCUGACGACAGCUGAGCACUGGAGGCUUCAACAAAAGAAGAUCCUGGAGUUCCCCAAGAUUGGGAUGGAGCAUUUUGAUGCCAGAACAGCCCCAGCACAACAGUCACAGCUCUGGUGGGAACAGGCACAUUGCUUGGGUGGUGCCAAGGCUCAGGGUGAGGAUGGCAAGGCUGGGAGCAGCCUGCUGCAUCCCGCCUCUUGGGAAAGGCAAAAUCCCUGGGGUUUGGUGGGAAGACUCAGGAGAAAUUCAGAGGAGCAGAGAUUAUGGGAAUGGUGACAGAGGAUGGGGCUGUGGGACCCACUGGAACUCUUCCCAGGUCAGCCAGUUCAUGGUGUGACCUGAGCUGCUGAGAGCUGAGCUGAGGGGCCAGGUGGGGUCCAUGGAAACAUGAGCUUCAUCAUCAUCUUCAUCCUCACCCACCUGGGCAUCCAGACAGGGUCCACAGGGAGCAAACAUGGGCAUCAUCAUCAUCCUUGCCCACAUGUGCUGCUGCUGGCGGACCCUCAGGAACCCAUCCAGGCUGGAACAUCAUCCCCACGGGGCACUUGGACAGCCUGGGCCAUUAUCCCGUUGGAAAUUCCCCACGUUCUGGCCAUCAGCAGUCAAACGCUGCCAAGUCCCUGCUCUCCCUCCCCUCAGGGCAGGAGUGGGACAGCCAGGACUGAUGUGGGAAAGUCCCUGUUUGGGCACAGCUCAGUAGGGACAGGCAGGAUUUGACAGUGCCAGGGUUUGCUCCAGGUGGGAUUUCACACUGCCAGGAUUUAUUCCUGGCUCUGCCACUGGUUGGCAGUGGGGGUUAAAGCUCAAUAAAGUCCUUUUCAAAAGAAAACUUGGAGCUGCUGCAAGAUGUUUUGGCCAAACUGUAGAGUUCUUGAUCCACACCAGUGAUUUAUUACAGCUGUUUUUCUAAGAGGCUGCUAAAAACAUCCACCAAACUAUUUUAAUCCAAUUAAUACUUGCUUUCUCACCCUUAUUUGCCUUGUUUUCCAUGUUGAGAACUGUGUGUACCAAACCCUUCAGUGUCCCUUUUGAGCUCCUCAGCUGGGGCAAAU